AUGGUGGAAGAGCUGACUGAUCGUGAUAGCUCUGAAAUGCCUUGUGGCUAUGAUGAGGACUUUGUGAGUCCUAUUGACGAAGAUCUGCAAUGUUCAAUUUGUUAUUUGCCUUUACGAGAACCGGUUCUCAGCAGAUGUGGUCACAGAUUCUGCAGGGAAUGUCUCGACCGACACAUUGCGAGGUUUGUUACUCUUCUUUUUUUUUCGCUUAAAAAGAAAAAAAUAAAUAAAUAAACCCCCAAUAAAUUGGUGCUCUGUGGAUCGAGAAUUAAUGUUUCCUUCGGGUCAGUGGUUUUGUUAGGGGCAAAUGCAGUAGCUCGAGAUGAAAAUAUUGCGGUUUAUGUUUACCCCCGGGGGGCACUCGUGGGAAGUCGGGUAGAGCUGUGCCGCCGAGGCCUUCAUCUCUCGACCCUGUUUAAGACAAAAAAUUACAGAGGACGCUACUUUCUAACCCUGAUUUGUUUUGUUUUGCUUUGCAUACAGAAUUAAGCAAUUUUUCGCACUAAAAUCGUGGAAAGAGUUAUUUAGGAAAAAGAAAUAUUGGUAUUGCAAAUGUCGACCGCUCAUGCUCAUCUUAAGUUUUCACACUCUUUGAAAGGCUUUUAGUCCAAAAAGACACUCUGUGACCCUUAAUAGUGUAUAAAAAACUUUCAAAUCCCUACCCUGUUUUGCAGCACAUACCCGUAUCGGCCAAAUAAGGUAGUUCCCCCCCUGGGGUUUAUUCUCUGUUUUUGUUUUUAAUGUCUCCUUUAACCUUAUCAGUGAUAUAGGAUUAUGAAUAAUCUGAAUUGAUGUCUUAAUACUUGACUUAUUCAUAACCUUAAUUUUCCCUUAAUUUUUAUACUUCUUGCUAUCCAAUGACUGGGUUUCAUUGCACAUUAGUUUAUUGCUGCUUUUACUUUUUUUAUUGUUUAUUUACAUUUUUUAUUUAACGUUUGACCACCUACCAGUCUUAUCAUGUUGCUUGUAUGCCCUCAUUGAUUUGGAUCAUGUAUUUUUUUACAGGUAUUACUGUACUUUUCAAGCUGUAGAAAGUGAGAGUUUUUUAACUGUGUUUAUGGUCAACUAGCUCAGAUAAGCAGAUAUCGCUACGGUAUUCCUAAUUUUGCCCACGUGAAAAAGAACUGUUGUCUCCCAAUAACUCGAACCCUCACAAACUCAAAACUUACGUUAACUUGAGCCAAAUUCAAUUUCCCCUGGAUUUCCUCCAUACAAUGUAAUUUUACCCUCGGUAACUCAAAUCCUCGAUAACUCAAACCCCACUAACUCGAUCGAAGUAAUUUUUGUUUCCCUUCAGAUUAUUUAUACAAUUUUACCCUCGAUAACUUGAACCAUGUUUUAAGCAUCUGACAAGUCGGAAAAAAAACGGUGUACCAGUGUACAGAAGUAAAAGUACCAAAUUUAUUUCAAAACAACUGUAUCAAUUCUUUGUCGUUACUUUUUUUGUUCUCGUCCAGUUCAGGUUCAGCGUCUAUCCCUGUGAAGUGUGCAUGAUACUUGCAUUCCCUCCUCAUCUAUUUGCUUAUUUGCCUACUUCUGGUUAUUUGGUUCGAACUCCCGCUUAACUCAAACUUUGUUCGAUUUCCCUAGUUAUCGGGAGUCACCUGUAUUUUCACUGGAAUGAUCACUUCUUGGCUCAAAUUAGCAUUAUUUCAUGAUCAAUACUUUCGUAGAAAAUCUUCAAUUUUUUUGUCUUUUUAAGUAUCAAGGAUACAUAAUGUAGAUUAAAAAUUUUUAUCAACAGGCAGAAAAGUCAACAGCAAGUUUUCAACUGUCCUGUUGAUCGAGAGGGGCUUACACACUGUAAGGUAAAAUAUCACAUUGUAGAAACUAUUUAUGAACCGAUUGCUAUAUACAUAAUGAGAUAUAGCUACUUAAAACCUAUUUCUGAAACUCUCAUGACGCAAAUAAGUUCUGGCCACUCAGAAAAGAGAACUAUGUGUUUUACACAUAAGAAGAGUUGUAGGUGCAAUCAGAGUAAUUAUUGUGAACAAUGUUUUUUAACAAGUGAGAAUUAAAAUAGUACACCCAAUGAAAACGCACAGAGGUGUGUGUGCGUUUUGCGCCAAGUGCCGUGCUUUGCGAGUUGCUUCAGCUAUCAUUGAAUGAGAAUAUAUAUUUACACCACAAAAUGCCAUAAAUGGUACCCUUUACUAUUAAUGUCAUUUUCCAGAUAUCGUAUAUGUCUUCAAAAUUUGGUCAUCCCUUGUUGCUAAUGAAAAUUAAAUGGUCAGGGAUCCAAGCCAAUCAGAAAUGUUUUGAAUAUAUAUAGUAAUAAUACUUCUUGGAUAUGAUGUGUAUGUUAACUACAGGUCAAAAUUAAAUUCAAACCUAAGUUCUCAAUCUCCUUUGUUUCCAGCUAGCCCUAAUUAUUCAUGACUUAGGGCCAGGACACAAAGGAAAUUCAGAAUCAACCUAGGUUACAAAAUUUCAACCUGAAUUUAAUUUUAACCUGUAACAUGUAGAUUCUGAUUGUGCAGACGAUCGUUAUCUUAAUGUGAGGAAAAUAAUUUAUGACAAAAAUAAUUCAGGAAAUUAUUUAAAAUGCAAAAACUGAUCAGAUGAUAUAAAUCUGAAUAAUUUUUUGUAGGAUAUCUUCCCUGAUAAAGCAACUGGGAGGAAGAUUCUGUCCUUAUUCAUAAGAUGUCCAAGUACUGGAUGUGAUUGGACUGCUGAACUGAGAGAGAAAAAGGUGAGAAACAAUGCGAAUUCAUUUUUAUAA